AGAAAAACCAUUUGAACGAGAACCAUUACAAGAGAGACAGUAACCAUUUUUCAAAAUAGUUGUUACCGAGCACCCAGCAUGGCAGGAAUUACCAACCCCGGAUAUACGUCUACGGGCAACUCCGAGGAAGGGGAUAAACUUGGAAUCUUGGAAAGAAACAUUACGGUCGAGGCAUUUCCAUCUGAACGAUAUUAUAGACGAAUGUCAUCAGUACACUUUAACGAAAAUCGACCCACAAUUGAGGAGCUUAAAACAGGACAUGUGAAAUCAGUGGACCCAGAGGUCGGAGAGGAUAUGCCAGUUGAUGAUCAAGCAUUUAAGAUGGGGUGGAUGAAAGGAGUCUUCAUGCCAUGUGUAUUAAACAUUUGGGGGGUGAUGCUCUUUCUCCGCUUGUCUUGGGUGGUGGGACAAUGUGGAAUCCUUCAAGCCAUUCUCGUGAUUACCCUGUGUAACGUCGUCACAUUAAUCACAUCUUUAUCAAUGUCGGCCGUAUCGACCAAUGGCAAGAUUAAAGGAGGAGGAAUUUACUAUAUGAUUUCCCGUUCAUUGGGAGCCGAGUUUGGUGGUGCCAUUGGGAUCAUGUUAACCAUCGCCAAUUCGAUUGCCGUGGCAACGUAUUUGAUCGGCUUCGUGGAUUCACUAUUAGAUAUGCUCAAGCAGUACCUAACCAACUUCAACGGCAUCCUGGAUGACAUUGACACGCGAGUCAACGACGUCCGUUGGAUUGGAGCAUCUCUGUUGAUUUUCUGCUUGGUCUUGGCCAUCGUUGGGAUGAGUUGGGUUACUCGCGUUCAAACGUUCCUUUUGAUCCUCUUAAUCCUAUCCCAAGUCGACUUCUUUGUUGGAUCCUUUCUUCCUGCUGAAGACGAAGCCAAGUUCGGAUUUGUAGGCUACUCCGCCAAAACACUUUCGGAUAAUUUUAUGACAACAAACUAUCAUGAUCACGAUGAUCCUGGAAACGCCCCAGGCUUUUUUCAAGUCUUUGGCGUCUUCUUCCCGGCUGUUACUGGUAUUGUGGCAGGUGCUAACUUGUCAGGUGACCUUAAAGAUCCGGCAGAAGCGAUUCCAAAGGGCACUCUUUCAGCCAUAGGUUUAACCUAUAUCACAUACAUUGGUUAUGCAAUCAUGAUUGGCAGUUGCUACCUUUCUGAGACCUCUGGAGACGCUGCAGAAUACAGGGCUUUCCUUAAUGGAAACGAGUCUGCUGAUGUGUUCAGCUACGACAAUUGCACAUUCCGCAAAUGUGAUUACGGCUCAUCCAAUGACCAACAGACCUUGGCCAAGAUUUCGUACACCAGUUAUCUCGUCUUUGCCGGAUGUUUUGCGGCGACUCUCUCAUCUGCCAUUGCGUCUUUGGUGGGAGCUCCUCGAGUGUUGCAAGCUUUGGCCAAAGACAAAUUAUAUCCUCUCAUUGGAUUCUUCGCCAAUGGUUAUGGGAAGAAUAACGAACCCAUUCGAGGAUAUGUACUCUCGUUCCUCAUUGCCUUGGGUUGCGUCAUGAUUGGAAACUUGGACGUUGUAUCUAGUUUGCUCUCCAACUUUUUUGUGGCGGCAUACGCCCUUAUCAACUUCUCGGUGUUUCACGCCUCCAUGGUUAAGUCGCCCGGUUGGCGCCCGGCAUUCAAAUACUACAAUCAAUGGGUAUCUUUGAUUGGGACCUUCCUCUGCGUGGCUGUUAUGUUUCUCAUGGAUCCAAUCACAGCCUUCAUCACAAUCGCUUGCGUUGGAAUCUUGUACUUUUACAUCAAAUAUCGCAAGCCUGAAGCUCAUUGGGGAAGCUCUACAGAAGCUCAGCAAUUCGUGAAUACCCUCCAAAAUGUCCAUGAACUUUCCAACGCUCCAGAUCACGUGAAGAACUUCAGGCCUAAAGUUUUGGUCUUCAGUGGCAAUCCGGCUCAUCGCAUUCCGUUAAUGGAUUUCGCCAAUCUUCUGACCAAAAAGUUAUCGCUAUUGAUGUGCGCUGACAUUCAACAUGAUGUAACAACCAAAGAACGCGAAUCCCUCAAGGAGGUGGCCUCGAAUUGGCUUACUGAACAUAAAAUGAAGGCUUUCUAUUUUGUGGCCAAGGAUCGGACUUUCGAAGAAGGCGCCAUGUCUUGCAUGAGCUUAGCCGGACUAGGUAAAUUUUCUCCCAAUAUGAUAUUACUUGGAUACAAACAAAACUGGUUCGAUGACGAAUCUGGAACAUGCCAGUAUUACAACAUUCUUCAUGAAGCUCUGGAUAUGAAUUUGGGUCUUAGUAUCCUUCGUUUGCCAAGUGGUUGCGACUUCUCCAACAAGUUUGAGAAUGAAGAAGUGCUCGAUAUCGAAAUAUCCAAUGCAGAGGAUGACGAUGGAUUGUGUGACGAUGAUGAUGACGACGACGAUGAAAAAGACACGGGAAUGACGCUGAAGAUCCCAAAGUUUCUUGGCAACGAUCUUGACGACAAACGGAGACGUCAUAGAAGUAAACGCCGGUCCAUCUUCACAGGCCAAGAUGGAAAUCUCGUGCCAAGUGCAGUUCUGGACGAUAUUAAUAUUUUCAAGCGGAAGAAGCAACAGGGCGUGAUCGAUAUUUGGUGGCUUUACGAUGACGGAGGACUCACCCUUCUCCUCCCUGUGAUUUUGAAGACGCGCAAACAGUUCGGCGAAUGUCAGCUGCGCGUUUUUGCCUUGGGAUCCAAAGUUGACGACUUGGACAGCGAGACUAAAAAUAUGUCCGAUUUGUUGGAAAAAUUCCGUAUUCCUUGUACGGAUGUGACUAUUAUCCCGGAUGUCACCACUGAGGCCAAAGAAGAUAGUCACGCCAGAUUUGAAAAAAUCUGCAAUAGAGCAGACACACCGAUCAAUCAAUUAUUGGAACACAAAGGACGAUCCAAUCGAUAUCUACGAUUAGCGGAAAUAGUGCGAGAACAAUCGGAGGGCUCUCAAUUGGUGGUCAUGACUCUCCCCAUGCCCAGACCGGAUUUCAUAUGCUCUUCCUUGUAUAUGAGUUGGUUGGAAAUUAUGUCUUGCGAUAUGGCCAUGCCAUUCCUGUUUGUCCGAGGCAAUCAAACUUCGGUGCUAACCUUCUAUUCUUAAACUAGCUUCACAUACGUACCUCCAACAGCACAACUGAAAGUCAAACUCAACUUAGUCAGACAAAUGUUUCCCAGAUGUUAUGAUAUAAACUCAAAUGCACCUUGUCAAAUAAAACCAUUUCUCUUUCGGCGAA